AUGUCAGAUUUGCAAGGAGUCGAAGGCCCCAAACCACCGGAUGAUGGUGGGGAUCGGAGAGCGGGUACAGACGGAGCGGCCUUCCAGAAGCUGUACGUCGACUUCUUUGGCAAAUAUCCGAGGUCGAAGAAGGGACACGCCUGGAUCUUCAUAGUGGUAUUCUACAAGUUUGGAGUGCCGGAGGUGGUGCACUCUGACAACGGGCGGCAGUUCACCUCGAAGAUCUUCGAGGAGGCGAUGGAGAGCUUCGGGAUCCGGCAUCGAAGACCCCCGAUUUACCCCCACCAGAGCAACGCAGCGGAACGGGUCAACCGGAGUGUCCUGGCAGCGAUCCGAGGGUUCCUGGAGAGUGACCAUCGGGAGUGGGAUGCAUACCUUCCGGAGAUUGAGAGUGGCCAUCAGGAAUGCAGUCCAUGCAGCGACAGGCGAGGCGCCGUUUUUCACAGUGUUCGGGCAUCACAUGUUCCUGCAUGGGUCCAGCUACAGACUGGCAAGGAAGCUGCAGUCGAUGUGUGA